GUUGAAACCAUGGCACUAAGAAGGAUAAGGAAAAGCAGCAAUCAGACAGAAGGACACGCAGAUGGUCAAAUUAGCAAGGAGAUACGCUAAAAGCAAAGGACGCUUUUUAUUCAACCGUUCGAGAAAGGUUGUUCAUUUUAAGUAGGUCCAUCUCUACCGUCAAUUUUUCCAUGUUCCUCAAAUUAACUGAAUUCACUAUGUUCUCCCUUUACAGCACAAGAACGUAUAAGCGAGAGGGAGGAAAAAUUGGAGCAGACUCUUGCAACAGUAGAUCGGGUUUUCAAAGUGGAAUUGAUGAAAAUGCCACCUGCGCUUCAAAAAACCGUGAUAGAUUUAAUAAAUGCGGAUGGCAAUUCGGCAGGUGAAUUCACCAUCGCCAUAAAGACCGAAUCACCCGAGAUUCACCAGCCUCUCACAAGGAAGGUCAGUAAAGGUUUCCAAGAAAGCCAGAUCACUUGCCAAUGGCUCAAGCACUGGAAGACUACGGAGUGCCACAUCCACAAGUACAAAAAUAACUAAAACUCGCAUUGCCAAAAUCAGUGAUCAAUCUCCACUGACUGGGAUGAAACAGGUUUGUCUUCACUUAUCACUUUCCCUUAUGAAAAAGAUUGCAGUCAGAGUGCAGUUACUGCAGUCCAAAAUACUAUUAGUCA